AUUUUUCUCUCCACGAGGGAUUUAUAUUCGAGGUCUUUCCCGCCUUUGGUUUCCUUUCUUUCUCGUAAAUACUUCUUUUUAAUCCAUCUUCUAUAAUAAUAUUUCUUUCAGAACCGUCAGCAUCAUGGGUGUCGGCAAUCUGUUCUCCAAGUCUCGUGGUGAGGAAACUCCCCAGGCUCCUACUCCUGCUAGAUCCGACUCGACUGGUGUGGAAAAGGACAAUGGCAUCCUCGAUGACAGCCCCGUCCAGUACCUCACAUGGCGGUCUUUCAUCCUUGGUGUCCUCGUCUCCAUGGGUGGUUUCAUCUUCGGUUACUCGACUGGUCAGAUCUCGGGUUUCACCACCAUGCCUGACUUUAAGACCCGGUUUGCUGAGCGUCAGCCCAGCGGCGAGUAUGUCUUCAGCAACGUCCGUAACGGUUUGAUUGUUGGUUUGUUGUCCAUCGGUACUAUGAUUGGUGCUCUGGUUGCUGCUCCCAUUGCGGACCGUUUUGGCCGCAAGCUCUCCAUCUCUUUCUGGUCUCUUGUCCACAUUGUCGGUAUCAUCGUUCAGAUCUCCACCCUUAGCAAGUGGUACCAGGUUGCUCUGGGCCGUUGGGUUGCCGGUCUGGGUGUUGGUGCUUUGUCCAGUGUUGUGCCCAUGUACCAGAGUGAGUCUGCUCCUCGUCAGGUCCGUGGUGCCAUGGUCAGUGCCUUCCAGUUGUUCGUCGCCUUUGGUAUCUUCAUCUCCUACAUCGUCAACUACGGCACCAAGAGAAUCGACGGCCCUGCCUCGUGGCGUAUCACCAUGGGUAUCGGUUUCGCCUGGCCCCUCAUCCUCGGUGUCGGCGCCCUCUUCCUCCCCGAGUCCCCCCGUUAUGCCUACCGUAACGGCCGUAUCGAGGAAGCUCGCGAGGUCAUGUGCAAGCUGUACGGUGUGCCCUCCAACCACCGUGCCGUCGCCCAGGAAAUGAAGGACAUGAAGGACAAGCUCGACGAGGAGAAGCAGGCUGGUGUCGCUGCCUGGCACGAGGUCUUCACUGGCCCUCGCAUGUUCUACCGUACCAUCCUCGGUAUCACCCUGCAGUCCCUGCAGCAGCUCACCGGUGCCAACUUCAUCUUCUACUACGGUAACAGUGUCUUCACCUCGACUGGUCUCAGUGACAGCUACGUCACCCAGAUCAUUCUCGGUACUGUCAACUUCACCAUGACCCUGCCCGGUCUGUACGUCGUCGAGCACUUCGGUCGUCGUAACAGUCUCAUGGUCGGUGCCACCUGGAUGUUCAUCUGUUUCAUGAUUUGGGCUUCCGUCGGCCACUUCUCGCUCGAUCUGGAAACUCCUUCCAACACCCCUCAGGCUGGUGCUGCUUUGAUCGUCUUCACUUGCUUCUUCAUCGUUGGUUUCGCUACUACCUGGGGACCAGUUGUGUGGUCAAUUUGCUCCGAAAUGUACCCUACUCGUCACCGUGCCGUGUCUAUUGGCAUUGCAACCGCUGCGAACUGGACAUGGAACUUCUUGAUCUCGUUCUUCACCCCCUUCAUCUCCAGCUCGAUCGACUUCGCCUACGGCUACGUCUUCGCCGGAUGCUGCUUCGCCGGUAUCUUUAUCGUCUUCUUCUUCGUCAACGAAACCCAGGGCCGCACCCUCGAGGAAGUCGACACCAUGUACGUCCUGCACGUUACUCCCUGGAAGAGCGCCAGCUGGGAGCCCCCAGCCGGCAUUGUCGAGGACAUCCACGGCCCCUCCGACGAGAGCAAGCGUUACAGCCGUACUACAAGUAAACAAAUUACUCUAUCCCAUCUCAAUACCUUUGAACUUCCAUGA